GUCAGCCAGAGUGCGAUUCCAGAGCACUUCCAAAGCCACCUUGAGCACCACUAAUGUAGUGAAAGUACUCGCCCUCCAAUAUAGCAAACCAAAGCCGUCAGAACACGCUACCAAUCAAUAACCCAUUGCAGCAGCACUGCAUGAAGCCCAAAACGGCGUGAUAUUUCCAAUGAUAUUAGUGGCUGCCAUUCAUCGAUAAUCACAUCUGUACUGCUUACUUCGGCGACGUUUCCCCAGCGACGAUGGAAAGCAGCACUGAAGUUCAGAGACAUACGUGUUUCUACAUGAGCUUCAAUCACUUUCCUCUCCCUAAGGAACCAUUUGAACGAGAGUCGACGGUCUUCUGUGACAUGUUUGCUUUGCCUCAAGGCGACGGCAAUAGCAUCGAAGGGCUGAGCGAUGAAAUGCCCAUCCGACUGUUUGGAGUCAGCAAGGAGGAAUUCGAGGAGCUGUUGAAAGUGCUGUUCAACAGACGACAUGGCCGGCCGCCUUGCUUGCCAGACACCAUCGAGCAGUGGACGUCUGUCCUCAAGUUGUCGACAGCAUGGGGCUUCCAGGAAAUACGCGCGGCAGCUAUCGAUGCCCUGAUGGUUUUGGACGUCAGCGCCAUCGACAAACUUGUGCUAGGCCGGAAAUACGACAUUGAAUCGCGGGAAUGGCUUUUGCCUGCUCUGAACGAACUAGCGCAGCGGGCUGAACCAAUUGGGUUUGAAGAAGCAAACCAGAUGGGCUUCGAAACUGCACUGAAGUUGGCUUCUGUACGGGAGAGACUCACACUGUCAAGGGUAACACAACACAACUACUAUCGCAAUCAGGACUUGCUAGUUGUCGGGGUCUCCAGAGAUCACGCUGCCCAAAGUCUCGAUUUCUCUGACCAGAUAAUCAGUACAUUCGGUUUGUACACACCAGCGACGUGUGCAGUUGUUGAAUGGGAUGGCAUAGAGGAAAUCUUGAAGGGGCUGUAGGCAACUACAGGGUGUAAGUAAGUCUGUAGUAGACUAGGUAACAACUUGUGUGUACUCACCCACAGUGGCACCCUGGCAAGCUACUAACGAGGCCGGGUAAAUUUUACUACUGAGUACUGCGCUCCACCUGAGCGAAGCGCUCACGAUGUCCGUCGGCACUGCCACUCUUGUGUCGACUUCGAACGCGACUUUUCAUCAAUCAUAUAAUUUGUCUGUAGCAUAGGCAAAGCACAGGUCAGAUGUCCUCCUCGCCCACCAUCCCAGGGGAAAGCCGCAGGUGAUUUUUCCGGCACUCAAACGUUCAGUGCACAACGCUGAUUUCCUUAUUAGGGUCAUUAAAAUGGUCUGGU